AUGCAUAGUUGUGAGGAUAUUGGCAUUGCGCUGGAUGGAGAUUGCCUGGUUGCUGGUGGAGCGCCGGUGGGAGACUGUCAGUGUUGGAGGGUGAGGUUGAGGGGACUGGGAGGGGAAGAUGGCGGGGAGGUGGGACGAUUCGCUCAGCUUCAAACCUCCGCUGAAGAUCGUAGCACCAACCCCUCUAAUACAUCAUCCUCACCCGCCCCUUACAUCAUCGUCCCAGUCGCCCUCGUCAUCGUCGUCAUCUGCGUCAUGAUCUACUUCCGCAUCCGGCCGUUCCACAGGAGUAAUGAUUGCGUUGAUGACAAAUCACAUGAGCAGUGA